AUUAUUUUGAGUAUGCUAGUUUCAACUUCUCUCGUUAAUAAACCAAAGACAUUUUGAAAGAAGAUUAGCAGCAAGCUUGGAAUUUUUGAGAUACAAUUGAAUCACUGUUAGAAACUAUUACUUAAUAUACGCCUUUGUCAAACGAAUUGGCGCUUGAAAUAAAAAAGAGAAAACGCUCCAAGCUAACUGGAAAAAAAUGGGUUUGCCAACUAAAACAAUGCACGGAAAUGCUCAAAAAAAAUUAGAAAAGGUUGCCUCUCUUAUAAAAGAGAAGAAAGUGAACCAAAUCUGUGUCAUGGUAGGAGCUGGAAUAAGUACGGCCGCUGGAAUCCCAGAUUUUCGAAGUCCAAAAACUGGUAUCUAUAAUAACUUACAAAGAUUCAAUUUGCCUUAUGCAGAGGCCGUGUUUGACCUUUCAUAUUUUCGGAAAAACCCUCGUCCUUUCUACGAAUUGGCCUAUGAGUUAAUGCCCGAAAAGUUUAGACCGACUUACACGCACUAUUUCAUUCGUUUGCUUCAUGACAAAGGUCUGCUAAAGAGAUGUUAUACGCAAAACAUUGAUACUUUGGAAAGAUUGGCUGGUAUUCCUGAAGAUCUUUUAGUAGAGGCUCAUGGUUCCUUCCAGUAUAGCCGUUGCAUAGAAUGUUAUGAAAUGAGUGAUACCGAAUAUGUCCGAUCAUGUAUUAAACAAAAGCAAGUUCCUCAGUGUGUACAUUGUAAAGGUUUUGUCAAGCCAAUGAUUACAUUUUAUGGAGAGGGGCUUCCUUCUCGGUUUUUUGAAGAAAUGGAAGAUGAUACGACAAACUGUGAUAUGGCUCUCGUUCUUGGAACCAGUUUACUCGUCCACCCUUUCGCUGAAUUGCCUGAAAUUGUUCCUGACAGCUGUGAACGAGUUUUAAUUAAUCGUGAAAUCGCUGGUGAUUUUGGAGAGCGAAAAAAUGACACAAUUGUACUUGGGGAUUGUGAAGUACAUAUUCGUUCCCUUUGUGAAAUGCUUGGUUGGUCAGAAGAUUUGGACAAGCUAGCAACACCGGACAUUGAUACAAUAGCAGAGGAAAUUGCACAGCUUUCUGUCAAAACUGAAACCGACGAUAAACAAAAAGAUGAAGAGAAAAACAAUAAAACACAAAAAGAACACUCCUAUUCUUCUACUGAACAGGCCGAUGAUCAAAAAGAAGCAAAGAAAACUGGAGCUACUUCGGCCUCAUCCUCUUCUAAAGCCGAGAAACCAAUCUCGCAAGGGUCGGGGAAUAAAAAAUGAAUUGGAUUUGGAAUAGUUGGAUUUCCGUAUAUAUUUUAUGUAUUUUUUUGUUAGGUAAAUUGGGAUCGGAUGGUUGGGAAGCGUACAAAGAUUAAAGAUAAUCACAUGAAUUUUGGCACCAUC